GCCGAGCCGAGCUGACUCGAGCAGAACCGAGCGACACCGAAUUCCGUGCGGAGAAUCAAGCCGUGUUGCGAGUCGUCCCUUCGUCGGUCUUCCCAGGACCUGGAUUCUGUCAUCGCGGAGCGCGAAUCGGAGAUUCCCGGGUAAUAACUGUCGAUCUCCGGGACAAAUUUGCGAAGAAAUUGACGGGUGACGAAAAGGAAGAACGCGAAAGGAGAAUCCAACAAGCGGAAAUGUGAGAAUAACGAAGAGUAACACACGCGCGGUGUUUAUGUUUCCCCGAAGAAGAAACCAUCACUGGACCAUCGUCGACUCGCGGAGAAACAAAGAGACGUCAAUUAAAUCCCCCGCUGGAGAUCUCGUUUUAUCCGCCGCGACAACCGGUCCGAUGAUUGAUCGCACGUCAGUGAUUCCGGCGCGUUCUUUCGGUCGUCGUGUCCUUCGUAUAUUUCGCGAUUCAUUCGUGUCAACGUACCGCGCGCGUUUAAUAAUGGCUCCCCAAGUGUUACAACGCAUGAUGUAUCCGCGCAUGAUUCAUGGCGAUUAACUCUCUCUUUCUUUCUUUUUUUCUCUCCCGGUUGUCGUUUCCGACGAACUCUGAGAUUUCGCGGAUACGCCGUUUCGGAAUUCAAUUGUUCGUCGGUAUUUAAUUCGAUUUCUCAGACCUCCGAAACGCGCGCGAUCGUGCGAAUUCUUGCGCCGAACACACUUCCCGAGACCGCCGUCAGCUUCGAGGAAGAAGAGAAAAACAAAAAAAAAAAAAAAAAAGGAUCGAGUUCGGAUUGAGUUCGAAUUGGAGUGACGGCGCGAAAUUCGGAAAUGCGAACGGUCGCGAGGACGAUUCUUCUCGGAAUCGCUCUGAUAAUCGCGCGAGUGCCGCGGAGUGAUAAUUUGAGCGUCGCGUGUGUCGUCGUCGUCGUCGACGCUUGAUUCGCGAGAGAUUCGCGCCGCGAAUGACGAGGUCCAUCGCAUCCGAAGUCCGGCACGGAAAAAUGAGAGCAACGAUCGGUUUCACGUGCAGUGAUCAUGCCCCAUGACGGUCCGCCGUGUGACAACUGGCUGAGUUUUGGCAGCGCCCCGAAGAGGAUGGCGAUUGUCGAUUGUCGGCCGCGCAACGACAAUUUAAACGCGAAAAAAACGUGACCAACUCGCAGAUGAGAAGAGCGGCGUUCGUGACGACGGCUACUCGAUUGCAGUGAGAUCGAGCGUGGUGCCCGAUCGCGCGUAAAGAGAUAACACAAAUAAUCACGGAGCGACAGCGGCGGAGUUGGAAAUAAUGGGGUCGUUGCCGAAUCUUCACGAGCUGGACAAGGAGAAACUGGGAAGCCCGGUGUUCAAACCGGCGCCGAUCGGUUGUCUUGGUCCGAUACGAUUGCCGCCGCUGCCUCCGCAUACGCACAAACGCGGGAAGAGAACCAGCGGCAGCUCGCGAGAAAACGAUGCCAUGUACAUACUCGCGCCCAGCUACGCGAUGCUGGGCUGCUGCGUCAGCUCGAGCUUCCUGGCGAGGACGUCGCACGUUAACUGGUGCGCGACCAGCAUGGCGCUGGUUUGCUGCGUGAGUCCCGAGGAUCCGGACGAAACGCGACGCGAGUGCUUGCUGAGAAGACUCAAUCGGGGAAUCAAACUGGCCGAGGACAUAGGCCUUGCAAUUGGUUGUCUCAUCGCCACGAUCCUCAUUAGCCUAAUGGGGCUGAUACCGUCUAGCAGCACAGUAUACAGCGACAUGGGAGAGGUUUGCGGGGCCGAGUAUUGCUCCGGCGAGAUGUACUUUUACAACGAAUCGUUGCCGACGAUCACGUCAGACGCGUCGACGGUGCUCGUCAGCAUCUGGCUCGGUUUGGCGAUACUCGGUUUCUUCAUAUCCUGCGCGUUUCUCGACUACAGGAUGCAAAAAUCUCUGAAACACGACUGCAAAUGCGUCAAGGACAUUCUCAAGUCUGUUAAAUGCGCGUUUCAGGAUCCGAAGCUUCAGCUCGCAGCUCCUCUCACGUUUUUCAUCGGCCUGGAGCAGGGUUUCAUCUACGAUGAUUUUAUGGAGGCUUAUGUGGGUUGCACUUUGGGCGGCGCUCGCACCGUCGCCGUGUGUUUCCUGACCUUGGCCUUCCUGCAAGCCGUCGCCACCGUUACGCUCUCGAUGUUACUCAGACACGUUGCGGACAAAAGGUAUUUUGUCGUGGCCGUGGGUUUCGCUUUUCACUUCGUUCUUUUGCUCCUUCUGCUUGUCUGGAAACCGACGAGAGACGAUCCAGCUGUCUUUUACGUCAUAUCAGCCGCUUGGGGACUUUGUAACUCCAUCUGGGAGACUCUGAUAUACACGCUGGUGAUGGGCCUGUACCCGAACUCGUGGCAGGGCCCGUUGUCGACGUCGCUCUUCUGGCGCUGGCUCGGGCUGACCCUCGCGCUCGGUUUGCACGGCGUGGUGUGCACCCGUUACCGCGUGAUAGGCCUCGGCACGAUGCUUGUGAUGACGGUGGUGCCGCAUCUGUGGCUGGAAAUUUGCCUGGCGCGUCGUGGCACGACGCUCGCGCCCUUAUGACCGGGGGAUUCGGUUGGGGCGAGCGAGCGCGGAUCCAACAGCGUCGAGGCGACGACGGGUACAGAUGUAAAACAUCGGGGUGACUGAGAGCGAGCCGUUCCAUCCAGCCGAUUGUCGCAUUUUACGCGACGCGGCAGCCGCAGAAGCAGCAGCUUGCAGCAGCAGCAGCAGCAGCAGCAGCAGCAACAACAGCAGCAGCAGCAUCAA